AUCCAUCGCAUCCACUAAAAUACUUGUUACGGGCACGCGGAGCACACAAAUUUUAAUUAUCUAUAACUAACAUAUUUUAAUUAGCAAGACAAAUUAUGUGCACCGGGUCGCCCAGCAGCAAUGGCUCCCAGUCGGAGGAGGCCACUGCCACUGCCGAGCAGCAGCCACAGCCGGAGCAAGAGGCAACGGAACAGCCUCUCAGAACGCCCACGCACGCAAUUGUGGGUGCUGCCAAGGCGGAGGAGAUCCUGGCCGAGUACGGCAGCAAUCUGAAGCUACUGGAGUGCAACUCGCAAGUGUCCGAGCUGCUCACCAUCAUCCGAGACAAGAACACCACCCGCAGCGAUUUCAAGUUCUAUGCCGACCGGCUGAUUCGUUUGGUGAUCGAGGAGUCCCUCAACCAGCUCCCCUACACCGACUGCGACGUGGAGACUCCCACAGGUGCCAUCUACGAGGGCCUCAAGUAUCGAUCCGGCAACUGCGGCGUGUCGAUCAUUCGGUCUGGCGAGGCCAUGGAGCAGGGCCUGCGGGAUUGCUGUCGGUCCAUAAGGAUAGGCAAGAUCCUGGUCGAAUCGGAUGCGAAUACACACGAGGCCAGGGUGGUCUAUGCCCGUUUUCCCGAUGACAUUGGCAGUAGGCAGGUCCUGCUGAUGUAUCCGAUCAUGUCCACCGGAAACACUGUGCUCCAGGCUGUGAACGUGCUGCGCGAGCAUGGAGUGCCGGAGAAAUGCAUUAUACUGUCGAACCUAUUCUGCACACCUGUGGCCGCCCGCACCGUGGUCAAUGCGUUCCCCCAGCUGAAGAUCCUCACCUCUGAGCUGCAUCCCGUGGCGCCCAAUCACUUCGGACAGAAAUACUUUGGUACAGACUAGAUGAUAGGUCAGACGAGAAGUCACAUCAGAGCGACGCGCAAGCAAGCAACCACAACAGACUUGACAACUAAGCGCUGCUUAGGAUAGGUAGUGUGAGUUAGCUACUCCCUGCACCACACCCACUCACCCAGAUUCAGCCCAGAUCCUGCCUAGACUAACUCUCUCUAACCCUCUCCGCCAGCAAACUGUGUCCGUACUAACACCUUCCCCUCUCUGUCUUUGUGUUUUAGAUGGCAUUUGAAUCGACAGCUGCGUCGGCGACGGCGAGCAGAUUAC